AUGAACAUAAAUACUUUUAAUGACGGAAAUUUCAGAGCACUUUUACGCUUUCGUGUAGAUUCUGGUGACACUAUUCUAGAAGAACAUUUGAAAAAUGGUCCAAAAAAUUCUUUGUAUACUAGUCCUGGAAUUCAAAAUGGGAUAAUUUCGAUUUGUGGUGAUAUAAUUAAGUCAAAAAUAAUUCAAAGAGUUAAUGCUGCCGAGUGCUUUUCUGUGUUAGCAGACGAAACUACAGACAUUGGAAGAAUUGAGCAAAUGUCCAUAUGUUUGCGUUAUUAUGAUGAAGGCGAUAAGAAAAUUCGUGAAGACUUUUUAGAAUUUACACCUGCUGUUGAUCUUACUGGAAAAGGACUAGCAACUUUAAUAAUGAGUAGUUUGCAAAAUAACGGCAUUAACUGCCAGUUUCUAGUUGGUCAAGGCUACGACGGUGCCUCUGCAAUGAGUGGUUAUUUACAUGGUGCUCAAGAAUACAUAAAAAAAGACUUCCCCAUGGCUCUUUAUGUACACUGCAGUGCUCACUCACUCAAUCUUGCGUUGGCAAACGCCAGUUCAUUGCCCACAAUAAGAAACUGUAUUAGCACCAUUCAAACUGUCGGAACAUUUUUUCGCUCUUCUGCUCAACGUAGUGAAGUAUUAAGAAUAUCUAUCAUCGAAACUCUUCCACAGGCAAGACAUAGCACGUUAGUGGCAUUAUGUGAAACACGCUGGGUUUACAAGCAUGAAAGUGUCUUGCGAUUCAAAGAACUAUAUCCAGCCAUUAUUGUUGCAUUAGAAAAAUUAGAAUCUUCAAUAAAUAAAGAAACAGCUCAAAAGUCUUGUCAGUUAUUAAGUUCAAUUAAAGACGCUAAAUUUGUUAUACCUCUCAUAAUAAUUGAAAAUAUUUUUUCCUAUACAUUAACAUUGUGUAAACAGUUACAGACAAUAAAUGCUGAUUUGGUCGAAACAUGUAAUCAUGUAGAUGAUGUGGUAGCAAUUUUGGACGAAAUGAGAGAAAAUAACAAUAAUCAUUUUUCAGACAUGUUUUCCGUUGCUGCAAUAAUGAUGAAUAAAAAUAAAGAAGAAAUAGAUUUUCCUCGUUUUGCUAAUAGACAAACACAGCGUAAUAAUGUGCCCGCUAAUAGCUCUGAAGAGUAUUACAAACUUAACAUUUUUUUGCCAUUUCUUGACCAUAUAAGAAUACAGCUUUCUGAUAGAUUUCAGAAACACAAAUUUUUAAUAAAAUCAUUACAGCAAAUUAUUCCGAGUAAAUGUAUACAUUCCACUACUGAAGAAAUGAAUGACUGUGUACAGUUUUAUUCCCGGAUAUUGACAGAACCUACUGUUUUCAAAGCUGAAUUUUCAAUAUGGAAAUCAAAGUGGCUUAAAGAAGAGUUACGCCCUAAUACAGCAAUUGAAGCGCUUGAUAAUUGUAACAUACUUUUGUUUCCAAACAUAUGGAAACUUUUACAAGUCUUAGCCACUAUACCUAUGUCAACAGCGACACCAGAAAGAACAUUUUCUUCUUUAAAAAGAUUGAAAACGUAUCUUAGGAACUCGACUGGUGAAACUCGUCUCAACGGAUUAGCAUUAAUGUCGAUACACAGGGAAAUAAAUGUUGAUCCAGAAGAGGUGCUAAAUCGGUUUGCAAAACAGCCGAGGAGAAUGAUGUUACUUUAA